UAAAUUUACCGGUAUUAACAUUCAAACAAACGUCAAAGAGUUCAAUCGACAUGGGUAGAUGCAAGCAGAAGCAAAAUUUUAUGGACGAAAUGCACGAUAUCAUAUGUGAAAUAGAAAGAUUGAAGCCCGAGCCUGAGGUGUGCAACGUGAGCUGCCCUCCUCUAGGAUGUCCCCUAGGACCCUGUCCGGGGAUGUGCUGCUCAAAAAGGAUCUGCGAUCCUUGCUGCGUGUCAAAGAUGCCAUGCAAUCCAUCGUCACUCCGUCCACUUCGUCGUUGCAUGCCACGUUGUUUAAAGGACUAUGCAUGCAGUGCGGCCCGCUUGUCGUCCUGCGGCUCUUCAUCGAUAGACAUAAAUCGAGGAAAUCCAACUAACCGGAAUGGCGGUUGUUGCAAGCUCAUUCCUCAUGAUCAAUCAGGAUU